GUGUUUGAAGAAUUUUAUAACCUAAAGAAAAGGAAUUUAUUUAGAUUAAUAAAUAUGAACUGUUCCUUUAUAAUUUCGUUUCCGUAUUUAAUCUCACUUAAUAUUGAUCCCACAAAUAAUUAUCACGUCUGUUUCAUUAUUGCAAACAAUGGCUGCAACGCAACUAAGCAGGGCUCGAACAAUCAAGAAAGUCGAAAAACCUCGGCCACUUAAACUCAAUCAACGCCACUCGAUCGUCGAUGGGCGGAUGACGACUGUGGAGGACAUAGUGUCCUUAAUCGACAACGUUGCAAUGCAACUAACCAAUGGCUUCCAUGACCGAACGCUGCAAAUGAAUGUGGUUACAAUGUGUAAUCAUUUAAAACUUUUUGCCCAUCAAUUAGAAGCUAUUUAUAAAGAUCAGUUGGAUAGAGCUUUUGUGGCGAUCAGAAAUGGAAGUCAGGACGAAAAACUAGAUCUGACGACUAGGGUUCACCUGCUGGAACUUAUAGAGUUAAGAGCUAAGCAGUGGCGUCACAAUGAUUCUAUGGAUGUGUAUUACACACAGAAGUUAUCACAUUUGGAUAAUGCAGAAGUGAUUCCUGACACACCUACGAGUGCAUUGUCAUCUCCUUUGGCGGCAAUGAAUUCACCCACUGUGGCACCAAUUUUAGGACCUGGUGAAGUGAUAAAAAAUAGUGGGAAAUUUGUUAAACCUACACGUAUUCCUGGGAAAAACUACUGCAAAGAUGAAGUUGUUAUACGUAACAGUGAUUCUGGAAAAGUGAUGGGAAUAAAAGGGCGGCGGGUUCACAUGAUCGAAGAGCUCAGCCAGACAAUCAUCUCCUUCCAGCGAGUAAACCCUGGAGCCAAAGAACGACUUGUCCAAAUCACGGGUACUUCCGAGGACAAGAUACAUUAUGCGAAGGACUUGAUAAAAGAUACGAUUCAACGAAAUGCAUCGCCGGUGAGAUUGGAGCAAGGUGGAGGAGAAAAAGGAGCUAUGGGUGGUUCUAGUUCUUCGUUAAAUAGUAGUGCAUCAGAUGAAAGUAAUCGAUUGCAACAUCAACAACAAAACUCUCGUGUACGUUCACUCCUCCACAGCUUCUCCACCAACGACGCCAGUAUAGGCGAAUAUAAAUAUACAGUUACAGUUGGUAAUCAAUCUCUAAAGAUCACAGGAUGCAAUCUAGAUCUUGUCAGGACUGCAAAGUUAGUCUUAGACGAGUAUUUCUUGGGAGAUACUGAGAAUUUCACAAGCGGUAUAGAAUACUUCAAUUUUGAAGAAGAAUCUCCUUAUUCGGUCUCGUCUUGUAACACACAAAAAACAUCGUUAACCCCAAGUAAUACCAAUGAAAUAGGCCGAGAACUAAAUAUGGAUAGUGCUGCAACGUCAGAAAGUGAAGAGACAUAUAAACCUCGUAUAAUUUCCGAAAUAAAUCCUUCGACUCAGGAAGGCAUCUAUCUAGUUCCAGAAGUCAGAGAACUCACGUACGAGUUUUUGUUGUUGUGUUCAACAGGCCCAUAUGCCAAGCGGCCGCCCGCGGAUUGGGCUCGUAUUCAAAAGGAGUGCCCCAACAUUGUUCGCAAGGCACCGAUUCGCUGGUUCGAACCGGGAGCAUAUAAAGCUAAGGUAGCAGCUGCUGGUCUUAUUACAGUAUUGCCGGUCGGAGAAGGAGAAACUGAUCCGGAAUGAAGUCGAGAAAGUAACGUUUUCGAUCGUCGAGAAAUCGUAUGUAUUAAUAGUAAUCUUUACAUCGAUCUUUUAUGUCGAUGUAUUGUGAUAAAUUUUCAAAAAAAAAAUUUCAGUAUAUUGUUUGUUCAUAAAUGAACAUGAUAUACACAAGCUCUUACAGAAAUACAUAUACGCCCGCGCGCGUGCAUGCACUACAUACGUAUAUAUAUACAAUUAUAUAUAUAUGUAUAACGUUCCGUAAGACAGAUAAUAUGUAUUGCUCAAUUCAAUUAUAGCAAUACAAAAUAUGUAAUAUAAAUGUCGAGAUAAACGAUAAUAUUUAUAAAUUUGUGCGUGUUUAAAUCGUAAGUUUUCUCUAAAGAAUUGUAAUAUUUUUUUUUAAGCAUUUUGUGCUGUUAAAAAUUCGUGAGGUUUCGUUGUACGCUGCUACUUAAUUUCUAUUUAAUCAAAUGCGUGAACUGCAGCAAAUAUUUUUAUCGUAUACAUGAUUUCUGGCAUAUCAAACAUACGUACCGUUUUACGUAUUAUAGGAAAUUAAUUUUUGAAUUUCACUCUUAUUAUUGGAAUAUUCGCAAAUACGUUUAAACACUUGUGACGGACAGUAAGGCAGUUUUAAUGAUGCUUAGCAUGAUAGAUUAAUUUGCAGUACUCGUGAAAGUUCAACUUAUGGAAAUUAUCUAUGAAUUAUGUUCAGCAUUUUUAUUAAUAAUUUUCAAUGUAAGCUAAACAGCUUAAGUGUAGAAGUUGAAUAAGAAGAGAAAAAUAAUUCUAAUUCAGGAAAAAUUUUUACGAUAAUUAUACUAACAAAUUGUUUCUAUAAUUAAAGAGAAACUGAUUUUAGAGUCUAAUUUGAAUAAGUUUUUGAGAAAUGUAUCUUUCCACGUGUAACACUUCUCUUAUUACACGUAACAGACAUAACAAAGUAAUGGAACGGACAGUGAUUUAGCAUAGUCUAGUCUACCUAUUUAAAGUAGGAACUACCAUUUUGGUAAUUACUCUGCUGUGACAUAAUAACCAAAAAAAAAGGUUUCAUUUAAUCUCAAGAUUUUAUAUUUUAUACACUAAAAUGGUGAUGCUUAUGUGCAGUAUGUAAUAUUAAUUGUAUGGACAGAUUUUUUUUUUUACACAAUGUGUAGCAUUCAUUUUUAAUGUUGCACAUGUAUUAAAGAAAACUUGUCUAGUAAUAUUAUUGAUCCAUGGUUGUAGUUUUGUCAGUUUUUUUAUCAGACACAAAAUUUUAUGAAAAGAAAGUAUUUUUGUAUUCCACCACUAUGUCUGUUUUUAAUUAAGCUUCUAAUAUUUAUUAAAAAUGUUUCGUUAGCCAGAACAUAAUAACU